ACCGUAUAGGCGUAAGCUGUAAAUUGUAAAGUCUACAAUUAGUUAGUUUUGUGACUUUUGGUCAGUUUUGGAAUCUAUAAUUCAUAAACUCUUCCAUGUUUUGCUCGUUCAUCAUCCCGUUUUCUGCACCAGAUUUGAAUACUACACUAUUAAUACAUCCAGUGCCAGUCUACAGUACCAGACUCCUGUUAAUGGCAAGGACGUGAAACGGAAAACAUCAACUUAACUUUGCUCGUAUCUGCUUUGAGUUCAUUCUGCAGCUUGUCUCUGAGGAUUGUUUUAUCGGUUUCCGUUACGUAUUUUGAUUAUCGACACUCCAUUUUUUAGUUUGCCUUUUUAUUCAAUCUGCACGAUCGAUUCCAAAUGGAUACCUCGUUAGAAGGAGGCUCUGAGUUUUCCCACUCGGGGGAGGAAGGUGGUUCGCGCAAUGGAAACCAGAAAUCGCAGUUGCUGCGCGAGCAGGACCGUUUUCUCCCCAUUGCCAACAUUGGGAAGAUCAUGCGCGGCGUUGUGCCUGACUCGGGGAAGAUUUCUAAAGAGGCCAAGGAGUGCAUUCAGGAAUGUGUGAGCGAAUUCAUAAGCUUCAUUACCAGCGAAGCCAGUGAUCGGUGCCAUUUAGAAAAGAGAAAGACGAUCAACGGCGAAGAUUUGUUGUUUGCCAUGAGCACACUGGGUUUGGAUCAGUAUGUGGAGCCGCUGAAACUGCAUUUGCAGCGCUAUCGCGAAAGCGAUAAAUCCCAUGGUGAUUCAGGAGCUGCUUCGUCAUGAAAGACAGGGAUUCUGGAAUGAUUUCAUGGAUUUUACCUCGAGAUCUCCGAUUUUUCUUCUGUACCAUAUAUUGCCUGUUUGGACCAUUUGCUGUUUUUGCAUGCUGGUGCUCUCCUAGCUUGACGUAAGUCGAAGCAGAAUGGUUAGCGAUCAUAGUAUGUUUUGGUGUUUUUCCUUUGAUCAUUCUUUGGAAUCUUCGAUAUGUUGGCUUUUAUGUGCUUAUUUUAUUGUGUCCUAGUGUUAAUUUUCCGUAUUCGUAUCCCAUGAGUUCUUGGUGGCUCUUAACAUGAAGCCCGAAAGUUUUUUACUGUUACAUGUGUCUGGUACGAGUACUAGUACUUCGAUGUUUUCCGUAUUCGCAGCCUGCUGUUUGAAGCAUAGUAGUCGGCGACUAAUCGCGCUAACGGCAGUUGCAGCCUUUUAAUUUUUGCGACGACUCAGAUGGAAUUGCUUAUAUGAACUUUUUAUUUCUUUACUUGUUCUGUUAUGAUGGUGGGAUUUGUGUAAAGCAGCGAAGAUAAAAAAAU